CGGGGGUGGUGCUGAGCUGCCUGGCCGCCGUGACAUGGCUGGUGCUGAAGCUGAGGCAGGGCGUCCUCAUGCUCGCCGUGACUAGCGCGGCCAAGACCACGUCCCUCGUCGCCUUGGAGAGGGUCCCGGCGUCCUGGCGGCCCUACCUGGCCUACCUGCUGGGGCUGCUGGGCAUCCUUCUGGCCGGCUACGCCGACCGGCUCUGGCCCCCGCGGCGGGCCGCCCCGCUGGCCGAGCCUCCCGCCGCCCCCCCGGCCGCGGACGAAGCCCCGGUGCUCAGGCGGCGGCGGCGGUCCAGCUCCAUGAUCUCCCCCGAGAUGUCGGGCGGCGGCGGCAGCGGCAACAAGACCCACCGGAGGACCUCGCUGCCCUGCAUCCCCCGGGAGCAGCUCAUGGGGCAUUCUGAAUGGGAUCACAAACGAGGACCCAGAGGCUCACAGUCUUCUGGUACCAGUAUCACGGUGGACAUCGCCGUCAUGGGAGAAGCGCACGGGCUCAUCACAGACCUUCUGGCCGAUCCUUCACUGCCCCCCAACGUGUGCACAUCKCUGAGAACAGUGAGCAACCUGCUCAACACACAGCUAACCUUCCAGGCCAUCCACAAGCCAAGGGUGAAUCCCUUGGUGUCCUUCAGUGAGAACUACACCUGCUCCGACUCGGAGGAGUGUCCGGAGAAAGGAGAGAAACUUGCUAUUCCCAAGCGCUUACGGAGGAGUUUGCCUCCAGGACUGCUGAGACGAGUGUCCUCCACUUGGACCACAACAACAUCAGCCACUGGACUCCCCACUCUGGAGCCAGCCCCAGUGAGAAGGGAUCGCAGUGCCAGCAUCAAACCUCACGAAUCAUCUUCAUCCAGCUCUGACUCCUGGAACAGCUCCAUUCUGAUGACAAUCACAAAGAGCAGGUCCUUCUCCACCUCCUACGCCGUGUCCUCCACCAACCACCUGAAUGCCAAAAGGCAGAGCCGGCAAGGUAUCCCACCAAAUAUUUCACCUCUCACCUCCCCGUGCCAUUCACCGAUCCAGGGAACCCCUGCCACAAGUCCUACAGGAAAAACAUCUUCUGUGUCAUUUCCAGAGUCUACAGAUACUGACACCAAGCAGGGCUUAAAGCCACACAAAGUCUUAACUUCUACUCAGAGUGCACCUAGCCUGUCAGAACCUGUAAUCAGCCCCUCCAUCAUCUGCAGCAGCUGUGGCAGACCCUACAACCAAAUAGAAGCUGGUGAUGGGACAUUAAAUAGAAACGAUGCUACCACACACACCCUGAACAGAACAGAUGAUCCUGCCCAAGCCACUUCUGACUAUGAGACCAACAACAGUGACAGCAGUGACAUCGUGCAGAACGAUGAUGACACGGAUUGCUCCAAGGAGCAGCCGCGGAAGGGAUCCGGCUGUAGGUCCUACACGCCUGAGACCAUCAUCCUGCAUCCCUUGACACCACCUGAGGACAAGCCUGUACUGGCCCCUGAGCCUCUGGUUAUGGACAACUUGGAUCCCCUGAUGGAGCAGCUAAAUAGUUGGAACUUCCCAAUCUUUGAUUUGGUGGAAAAAAUAGGGAAGAAAUGUGGUCGGAUUCUCAGCCAGGUAUCAUACAGGCUUUUUGAAGACAUGGGGCUGUUUGAAACCUUUAAAAUACCAGUGAGGGAAUUUAUGAACUAUUUUCAUGCCUUGGAGUGUGGAUACCGAGAGAUACCUUAUCACAACCGAAUCCAUGCCACUGAUGUUCUACACGCAGUGUGGUACCUUACAACUCAGCCUAUCCCAGGACUCCCAACUGUGAUCAAUGACCACGGGUCAGCAAGUGAUUCAGAUUCUGACAGUGGGAUCACUCACGGCCAUAUGGGUUACGUGUUUUCGAAGACAUACACACCUACAGAUGACAGCUAUGGUUGCCUGGCUGGCAACAUCCCUGCCCUGGAGCUGAUGGCUCUUUAUGUAGCUGCAGCCAUGCAUGAUUACGAUCACCCAGGAAGGACCAAUGCCUUCUUGGUAGCAACGAGUGCUCCUCAGGCGGUGCUGUACAAUGACCGCUCCGUGCUGGAGAACCACCACGCUGCUGCUGCCUGGAACCUCUUCAUGUCCAGGCCAGAGUACAACUUCCUGGUCAACCUGGACCACGUGGAGUUCAAGCAUUUCCGCUUCCUCGUCAUUGAGGCCAUUUUGGCUACUGACCUGAAGAAACACUUUGAUUUUGUGGCCAAAUUCAACGCCAAGGUAAACGAUGAUGUUGGAAUUGACUGGACCAAUGAGAAUGACCGCUUGCUGGUUUGUCAGAUGUGCAUCAAACUGGCUGACAUUAACGGGCCUGCAAAAUGCAAAGAUUUGCAUCUGCAGUGGACAGAAGGCAUCGUCAAUGAGUUUUAUGAGCAGGGUGAUGAAGAGGCCAGCCUGGGCCUGCCCAUCAGCCCUUUCAUGGACCGCUCUGCCCCUCAACUGGCACACCUCCAGGAAUCCUUCAUCACCCACAUCGUGGGACCWCUGUGCAACUCCUAUGACUCAGCGGGGCUGAUGCCAGGAAAGUGGAUAGAAGAUAGUGAUGAAUCAGGAGACACUGAUGAGCAAGAAGAGGAAGAAACAGCAGAAAUGGAAACUUGUGAAAAUGCCGAAUCCAGAAAGAAGAAGUUCAAAAGGAGGAAAAUCUACUGUCAGAUCACUCAGCACCUGCUUCAGAACCAUAAGAUGUGGCAGAAAGUGAUUGAGGAUGAGGAGAGGUUAGCUGGGUCGGAGAAGCAAGGCACGGAGCAAUCCCCACUGCACCAAUCUUCAGAACAAAUCCAGGCCAUCAGGGAAGAGGAGGAGGAGAAAGGGAAGGCCAAGAAGGAUGAAGAGGAGAACACAACUGUAGAACCAAACCAAUGACAAUAUUUAUAGCAGUAUUUUAAGACAGAUUGAUUUGUGCACAGACUCUUUCUCAAGCCAGCACAGCAUUUAGACACAACACUGUAGAAGUAUGGGAUAAUGCGCCUACAGCUGUUUAAUUUGUUUCUCUUUCCUUUUUAUGGUGAGGUACAUUGUUUAAACUCCUAUGCUCAAGGAAGCUUUCACACUGCAACACCGGCUUUACAGACUUUCUUUAAASAGAUUUGGGGGUGGGUGGAGUUAUAUAAAUAUAUAUAUAUAGCCAGGGUUUUUGGCUGCACACUUCAGCAAAAUACAUUUACUGAUAUAUUAUGGUCACUGUGAUAUUUACAGAAGAAAGUUAUCCAAGGAAAUGCUGCUUCUGAAGCACAUUUGCAGUUAACAGUAAGGUACCAGUUAAGUAGCUUGUGCUCUUAAUGCUGAGGGAUAAAAGUUCCAAAGCUUUAUAUGAAUGCUGAUACAUCCUGCCAACACAUAUGUGYGAGUGAGGGGGUGUUUGCAAGUGUGAGUGGAUGUGAGGAAAUAUAGCAUAGACUGAGUUCUUACCACACUAGCUGUAGCACGUGUCCCAGUACACCACAACAAACAGAAGGCCAGAAUUUUAGAGAAUUUGUGCUUGCAAGGGAACAAUUUUGAGGAGCUUUGCUUUCCCACAGCCCUCCAACCCCAGUGUGCACUCCAGCUGCAGGCAGCAGCCGUUCAGCCGCGGUCCAGGCUGCUGCUCCGGCUCUAUCCAGCUGUGCUGGCACCACCUCCUCCUCCUCCUCCUGGGCCCUUCCCGGACUGCUGGUGAUGGGGAAGUGCCGGAGAGCCGUUUCCAAAGGGGGAGCAGUGUGGCACAGGGGGCUGUUCCCAGCUSUGCCCRGCU